AUGUCUAAUCUCUCAGACUUUAGCCUCCUCUCAUUCGAUGUCUAUGGCACCCUCAUCGACUGGGAAACAGGCGUCCUCAAUGCACUCAAACCUCUGAUAGGAAACCGCAAAGAUGAGUUCAACAGAGAUCAGCUCUUAAAAGUCUACGCCGAGGCCGAAGCUGCCCAGCAAGAAGCCACUCCUGACUUGAAAUACUCUGACCUUCUCGCUACCAUCCACCCUAAAGUCGCCGAGAAACUUCACCUCCUAGAACCAACUGCAGAGCAGAAUCAAGCAUUUGGCAAUUCUAUUGGCUCGUGGCCUGCAUUCCCUGACACUGUCGAUGCUCUUCGUCGUCUUGGAAAGCAUUAUAAGCUUGUUGUUCUAUCCAAUGUAGAUCAUGAGUCUUUCUCGGGAAGCCAUACAGGACCUCUACAGAAUGUCCCAUUCGAUCUAGUCAUCACAGCGCAAGAUGUUGGUAGCUAUAAACCCAACUUGCAAAACUUUCAGUACCUCCUACGAGAAGUUAAUGAGAAGUUUGGUAUUCCCAAAGAGAAGAUUCUUCAGACUGCUCAGAGCCAAUUCCACGACCACCAACCUGCCAAGAUCAUGGACAUUAAAUCGUGCUGGAUUGAGAGACCUGGUGCUUUGAUGGGAAAUCGUGAUUAUCCUAUCUACGACUGGAAGUUUCCUACACUUGGAGAUAUGGCCGAUGCUCUGGAGAAGGAGCUUUUCGAUAAGAAAUAA